CAACAAACCAUCGCUUCAGGUAUGAAGUUCAAUUCAAGUGUUGACAGGCACAUCAAUUGGAUGUACACUUUCAUGAAAGACCAUCAUCAAGGCAUGGCAACUAACAAUACCUUGAUUCCUGUCGUGCGAAGUCCAACGGUGUCCCAAUGCUCCAAAACUGAGCGCCAGUGUCAAAAUGGCGCUUGUAUCAAAAGAAUUGAACUUUGCCCUGAAGAGCAGCUGAUGAACCAGAACACGAUUAUGAUCAUGAUCAUUGUGGGGCUUGCAAUCGUGAUAUUCCUCGUCGCACUCUACUGCUUCCAGCAGCGACAACGAAGGGCAAACAGACAAUAUGAGACUGAGGGUUAUACCGACGGCUGUGACAAUGAACAUCUCUACGCCCCGCCCCCCACGUAUAAUGAAGUCAUCCAGACAAACUUAUACCCACCCACCCCAGAACAGCUCAGGGUAAGGCAGAUAUCAGAGGAGCCCUCCAGCCCAAUGACUCCUCCUCCCACGUACAACUCCGCCCUCCUCAUUCUCGCCAGAAGUGCAGAGUCCUUGCUCCAACACAAACCAGUCAAUAAACGAUUAUCCGUUCUAAGUCGCCGCAGUCUUUCGAUGGAUGUCAUCGAAAUUGAGCAAACUUCUCCGCCAAAACAGGAAAGUGCAGAAGCAGACGGUCACCCGACAAAUGACUGGAAAUCGAAAAGCAGAAACAUUUUCCGGUUUAGCAGACAAUUCUCAAAACCUGGUCAUAUACCUUCACAUAGUGAUAAAGAUGGCAGUGGGCAUCACUGUCAGUCAAUCUUGAUAACUCCUCCACCCUAUCCACAGACUCCUCCCAUUUAUCCAUUAACUCCGCCCCCACCCUGCACACCACAAGCGAUAGAUCCAUUCUCAGUGCUAGCUACGAGAGACAUUCAUUUGCAAUCAGAAAAUCGAAUAAACUUGUCUUCAAUAAGUGGAUCAACCUUUCCCAGGGAAAACGUGAUUGUACCAAGGCCUAUAGAGCCAGUGGACCAGUCGUCAAUGUUUGCCAGUAAUGUGUUUUCAUCAGGUUGUAAUCAACAUGUGCAGGGAGAUGGUGCUAAUGAAGAUGUUUUGCCUUAUUCAGACGUGCCUAGUGUUGCCUUUGUAGGAAAUAGAGUGGACAUCUGAAUCUAUGAAUUAUUGAAGUUGUAAGUGUGUUUAUGGGAACAUAAUAUUUGUGUAAGUUUGUCAACUUUACCUAGUCAGAGUCAUUACUUGUUAUCCUUUAUUUACAGAAUCUCAUUAUUACAUAAUUGACAUGGUCAUAAUUUUGUUUAAUCUGUUGUCUGUGUAUGAAAAAAUAAUUUUCAAUCUGAUUAAAGUCUACAUUUCCACAUAAGUCACAUUUGAUAAUAAAUCAAUAUCAGUGUCGUUGACAUACCUAUUUUUUGUAUAUGUUUUAUGUUAAGAAGUGGAAAACUGACAGCUAUCAUGACUAACAUGUAUAUAAGAUAAAUCUUGUAUGUUCAUAAACCAUUUUAGCUCUACUAUUCAUUGAACAGUUUGAGCUAUCCUGCUCGCCCUGCAUUUGUCACAUUUGCCAGCAGUGUUUGCGCAAUGCUGUGGUAAAGGUAAACAUGAAACAUCUCCACAUCACAGUUUAUACUACAUGUAUUCAAUUGAAACUUCACACAUGUGUUCUGGGUCAUUGUGUAACGUCCCUGACCAAGUUCCUUAACUCUUACCUGCAAUUAAACAGAAUUAUACCCCAUUUUGUACUUGGAAAUUUGGUUUAGGGAUUGUUCAACAUCUCUGUAUCACUUUUGCUGCUACAUGUUUUCAAUUGAAACUUCACACAUGUUUCAUUGUGUGAGGUCACUGACCAAAUUUGAAAACUCUCAUCUGGCAUUUAGCAUAAUUAUACCCCUUUAGAUACUUAGCAAUUUGCUUAAGGUAAACAUGCAAUAUCUCCUUAUUGUGUAUACAACAGGUAUAUAAUUUUAACUUCACAAAUGUGUUCGUGGUCAUCCUGUGAGGUCACUGAACAAGGCCCAUUAAUCUGACCAGCAAUUAUGAAGAAUUAUGCCCCUUACAUACUUAAAAAACUGGUUUAUGUUUGCGUGCAAUUACUCCAUUUCUUUAUAUUUAUUACAGAUAUUGACAUUAUACAGUAUGUCUUUGGGUCUUUAUGUACAUUUUACUGAUCAAGACCUAUAACUCUGACCAGCUUUUUAAACAGGAUUAUGACCACUUACUCUUACGGUAUUAAAGUCCACAUAAGGUUUGCAGGAGAGUUAAAAUUCAGAUUGCAGUUUUUGUUUGUUAAGUUAGCCAAGUGGCGAUAUUUAUUUCUUGCUGAUUCCUAUAUGUGGAGAAUUGAAACUGUAUGAACUUUAUUAUAAUUUGGGAGAGUGGGCGUACAUGUUUUACAAACAUCUUUGAAAGAUUGUUAAUUUAUAACAAGGUAUGAAAUCCUUUAGUUCUUAUGUAUUUAAAGAAAUCCUUGGUUGUUACUGACUCUUUUAACCAGGUUUUUCCAAGGAAAAAACUGGUUAUUAGAUUGGCGAAUGUCGGCGGGCGGGCGGGCUGGCAGGCGGAACAAGCUUGUCCGGGCCAUAACUUUGUCGUUCAUUGUGAGAUUUUUAAAUCAUUUGGCACAUUUGUUCACCAUCAUUAGACGGUGUGUCACGCGAAAGAAUUAUGUUGAUAUCUCCAAGGUCAAGGUCACAAUUAGAGUUCAAAGGUCAAAAAUGGCUAUAAACGAUUUGUUUGUAAUACAUGUUAUACGCGGUUGCGAAAAAAUCGUGCUGGGGAAAGAGAGGUGACACUUGGUAGUCACUUGCAGGAGGUGGGCCUUGUUUGGCAUAUGCCAAUUAACAAGUCUGUUAUUUUAGGUGAUAGUAACUGUCCCUUAUUAUUUUAUGUCAUUGACACGUUCUUUGUUAUGAUUAGCGGAUAAGUGGGACUGAAUAAUCGUUAACGAGUGUUUUAAACAACGAAGCCAAUUGCCAAGUACGCUGCAUUUAUUGAUAAACAACAGUAUUAAAUCUAUAAAAAAAUGUUUUUGUUAUAAAAAAAACCCCAAAGGUACGGGUUUUUAUGUAUAUGUACAAAAAUAGUAGAUGCAGUUAAAACCAAAACACAAAUCAAAAUAUUCUUUAUUAAUUUGUAACAAAGCGCAGAAUAUAUUUCAGUCAGGUGUUGAUCACACAUCGUCAUAUUUGAAUUGUGUUUAAUAGUAUUGUCUUUUAUCCGGAUUCGCCGCGUGUAGGCUGUAUAAUCUGCAACACCCCUGAAAAACACAAUACACACAAUGGGUAAUAAAGUUGUUAACAAUUAGCGCUAAUCAACACUAUUAUACCUAAACGAAGUCGACGCAUUCGAUACAGCCUUAUUGCAUUCGCGUUUUACAGGAAAUGUCAGUUGUCAGUACACUGUAUAAUGAACAUCCCUUUGUGUCAAAACCGGAUUUAACUUGAGUGUGAAUAGUCGACUGUUUCAUGUUCUAUGUAUCAAUACCAUCUGUGUAUCUGUAUUAUAAGUAUACCAGUCAACAAACAAGGUGCGCACUUCCGCAUAUGGGUAUUCGGACGUUCAAAAAAUUGACCUAUGGUUUAGCGUUCACGCCAUCGAACGCAUUAAGCAAGUUAACUCGUUUUUUUCACUAUUUCUUUAUUUGCACAAAAUACUAGUGGCUUAUAACUUACCUUGCAAUCUUUUUUUCUCGCAUUUUGCGAGUGUGCGAGUGUUAAUUUCGAGCCCUUUGUAUAUGCGUGGAUUACGCUGGAUUUAAAUGCCUCACGCCUACGGUAAUUCAGUCUUAUUUGUUUCAAAUAUGGGACAUGAUUGUUCGUUAGGAUCUUGAAUUCGUCCAUCGGUCCAAGGACGAAAAAGGCGAAAAUUAAUGUUGGACGAAUAAUAAUGGUUUCACAGUAACUCAAUGGUUUGCAUAAACGUCUUAAAUUAAGACAGAUUCGUCUCUGGAGUGUACAAUCUUAUAUUAAAUUGAGUGCAAAUCAGGGUUCUGAUAAAAAAGAUUUUCAAUUCAGUUCAGAACUGAACAAUUGAUAAAAACAGGUAACAUCUGUCAUGAAAAUGGGAAAAUCAAUAAAGGUAAAUUAGACGAUUUGUAACUACCAGUGACUUGCUUGUUAAGUGAAUACAAUCUACAUGUAGCAAGUUUCAGCCUAUUUUCAGACAAUGGUUUAUCUCUCUGUGUGAUUAACAUCUGUAACUCAACUAUGGACUUUAGCGUGUGUUUUCAAAGUAUGAUGAUAGUGGAUACAACCAGUAUAAUAUUAGAUUUAAAAGUUUCAGGUUUAUUGAAUUGUUUCAUAAAAAAACUGUGUGUGUUUCGUCAUGCUACACAUGUUGGUGUUAAUAACACUAAUUUCUCUAUAUAUUCAUAAAAAGAGUAAAAAAAGCGACUACAUAGCUUGUUAAUUGGAAAACAGUUUAUAAUAAGUAUUGAAAAUGGCAACUUCUGUCACUUCUGUUGGAAAAAGUUCAGAUUUUGUUAAGGACUAUGUUUGCAGCGCAUGCGAAAGUCAAAGUAUUUUUGAAAGUGACGAUAUUUUUUGUGAAACAUGUAUGAGGUUUUUUUGUGGAAAAAGGGUUUAUAAUCAUGAUCAAUUGUACAAAAACCAUUCCAAAUAUGGAAGAGAAGCAACAAAUAACUGGCCUGUUACAAAGAAAAUGGAGGAUUUGCUUCUGAAAUGUGAUGUACAUAAGGACGAGAAACUGAAAAUGUUUUGCCAGGACCACAGUCAACUGUGCUGCUCAGAUUGCGUUCUGCUUCAACACAGGUAUGUGGCACACAGUCCUGAAUAUGAUUGAAUUGUAUUAAGGUUUUAUAACGUUAUAGGGCUACAGUCACAUUCAUCCAUCAAAUAUCUUCAUUCUGAGCAUUCAAUUGUUAAUUUUUUAUGGUACUUAUAUUAAAGGACAUUAUUGCUAGAUGUCUAAAUGUCAAAUUGGUGCCUACAUUGAUUGUAAAGACAAGUGUGUAAUUAAUGUGUUUUUUCCCAUGUAGGGGACUACUGUUUUGAUUGUAAUCAUUGUCAAAGCCUGGUUUAUAUACUUUUGUAUUAGGUAGUCAGGGCUCAAGCUAGACUCCAAUUUUUGGGAGAAGUCACUUCUCCCUAAGCUCUGGAGAGGGAGAAGUGGGGCAGUUUUAGGGAGAAGUGGAUCUUUUGCGAUCACCAGUGGACCAUUGUGAACCAUGACCUGUUAAUGUGUAUGAACUAAAGUAAUAAAAUCAUUUCUUUGAAUAAAUUUAUUACUGACAAAAAUAUAAGCAUAAAAACAUAAGAAAAUAAUGUUGAAAAAUCAUUUUUAUAAGCACUAAUUUAUCAGUUCAUACAUAUGACACAAGAGCAAAGCAUAAGACUCAAUAUAUACAUGUAUGUUUGAAUUUGAGCACUUCAGCUCAGUACAAAAAGCACUUUUUACUAAUAGUACAGCUUGCGGACUUUCAAGGACUUCUCAAGAUUUAUUUCGGGUAAAAAUUACAGACAAUAAGAAAAUCAGCGUCAGUAAAAUAGCCCUCAGUAAUGACACAUUACAAAUCUUUGAACAAAAAUGGAAUCGGAUUAAAUUCUCAUAAUGUUUUGUCCACUUAUAUACAUUUCACUCUAAUGUUAGUUUAUCUAUCUAAAAUAGUUAUGUUUAUUUUUAUUUUUUUCAAUCUGACAAGAUCAUUGUGAAUAUACAACAAAACACACAAGUCCAGUAUGCUUACUUCCGACUUUAUACAACUCAUCAUUUUUCAUAACUAUCCCUGGCCUCUGUUGCUCUUUUCUUUUCUCUCUAUAAAAAUAUAUAUAUAUUAGCAUAUCUUGUAUAACAUGUCUGAACUUUAUUGCUUUGUACAAUCACUUUGUUGUAUGAUCAUAUACAUGUUUACAUUAUAUGUAUGAUAUUGAAUAAAAAAUAAAAUUGCGA